AUGGACACAGGAAUCGUACCCGAAAAGAAAAGGGUGAGCUCGGAGCGUAGAAAGGAGAAAUCAAGGGAUGCCGCAAGAUGCCGUCGUGGGAAGGAGUCGGAAGUAUUCUACGAGUUGGCCAAAUUGCUGCCCCUCCCCCACAGCAUCAGCUCAAGCUUGGACAAGGCCUCUAUCAUGAGGCUGACCAUCAGUUACCUGCGCAUGAGAAAACUACUGUGCACUGAUGAACCAGUUGAAGAGAAGGAAACAGAGUUGGAUAUCCAGCUAAACAGCUCCUAUCUAAAGGCUCUGGAGGGAUUUCUCAUGGUGCUGUCUGAAGAUGGAGAUAUGAUCUAUAUCUCUGAGAAUGUCAACAAGUGCCUUGGGCUGGCGCAGUUCGACUUGACUGGACAAAGUGUGUUUGAUUUCACACAUCCCUGUGACCAGGAGGAGCUGAGGGAGAUGCUGAUCCACAGGACGGGUUCCAAGAAAGCAAAGGACACAAACACAGAGCGCAGCUUCUUUCUGCGGAUGAAGUGCACCCUCACCAGCAGGGGCCGCACUGUCAACGUCAAGUCAGCUUCGUGGAAGGUGCUGCACUGCUCAGGUCACCUGCGUGUUUAUGAUGGUCCAGGUGGAGAGGGCCCCGACGGGAACCAGGAGGCACCUGUUCCCUACCUUGUUUUGAUUUGCGACCCCAUCCCCCACCCCUCCAACAUAGAGGUCCCUCUGGAUACUAAGACCUUCCUAAGCCGCCACACAAUGGACAUGAAAUUCACAUAUUGUGAUGAGAGGAUCACCGAGCUCAUGGGUUAUGACCCAGAAGACCUGCUGAAUCGUUCUGUGUACGAGUACUACCAUGCUCUGGACUCAGACCACCUUACUAAGACUCACCACAACUUAUUCGCAAAGGGGCAGGUGAGCACAGGGCAGUACAGGAUGCUGGCCAAGAAAGGAGGCUUUGUAUGGGUCGAAACACAGGCCACUGUCAUCUACAACAACAAGAACUCCCAGCCACAGUGUGUCGUUUGUGUCAACUUUGUUCUCAGCGGCAUCCAGGAAGAUAAACUUAUCCUGUCUCUGGAGCAGACUGAGGAUGAGAAGCCAGUGAAGGAGGAGAAGAAGGCUCUAGUUGAGAGCGACGAGCCUUCCCAGGCAGAGGAGGAGGACGAGGAGAGUCCAAAGCUCGAUGUUUUGAAGCUUUUUACACAGGUGGAAGAGCCCCAGCCAGUGGUUAGCCUGUAUGAUCAGCUAAAAGAAGAGCCCGAGGCCCUCACCCUGCUGGCCCCAGCAGCGGGAGACACCAUCAUCUCCCUGGACUUCAGCAGCCCCGAAACGGAGAUCCACAUGCUAAAGGAUGUCCCUCUGUACAAUGACGUCAUGCUUCCUGCCACAAGUGACCAGCUGGCCCUGCCCCUGUCCCCUCUGACACCCAGCGAGCCGCUCACCGGUUCCAGCCCCACCUCUGAGGACAAAAAAUCAGAGGCCUUCGUCCCAGCCCCGCCCACCACGCUGACCGAACAGAGUCCUGCAGAGGCCGAAAGCUCUUUGGACUUCUGUUUCCCCAUGGAGUCAGAUAUGAGCUCAGAUUUCAAACUAGACCUGGUGGAAAAGCUGUUUGCCAUUGACACAGAGUCCAAAACCCCCUUUAACACACAGGACUUGGACAUGUUGGCUCCCUACAUCCCCAUGGAUGAUUUCCAGCUGCGCAGCCCCCCCACAGAGGAGCCCCUGUCCUGUGGACCGGUCAGCUCUCCGGAGAGCUCCCCAUUGUGCCUCAUACAGGACACCAGCAGCUAUCCCAGCCCUUCAUUCAGCCCCCCCGAGAGUCGCACGGCCUCACCAGCCCCACCUGAGUUGGUCACUGCACCCCUUCUUCACACCAUCAUGUCACAGAGAGCCCCUCAGCCAGAGAAGGAAGUCUCUCUGAGAUCCCUGGUAGCUCAGAACGUGCAGCGCAAAAGAAAACUGAGCGACCUGAAGGAGAUUAUAGGACAGGGAGCUGUCCCACUGGAGCAGCUUGAAACGGGCAAAAAGAUGAAGGCGUCCGAGUCGGGAAAAACUACAAUAAUUCUGGUGUCUUCAGAUCUGGCUAGCCGGCUGCUCGGCACCACUCUAGAGGGCACCAGUUCCCCCUUCACGCUGCCGCAGCUAACCCGCUACGACUGCGAGGUCAACGCCCCCUUACAGGGCCGCCAGUACCUCCUGCAGGGGGAGGAGCUGCUGCGCGCUCUGGACCACGUCAACUGA